GACGAGUGAAUGCCCAGCUAACCGUAACACACAAAUAUCCAUGCGAGUGAUUCCUUCACAGACCGCUUGUUCGAGUUCAUAUUUGCGAAGACUAGCUUCUGUAUCGCGCCACAAGGUGAUCACAUCAUACCGCCCACUGCCUAAAACGGGCAAUAUGUUGUUGUUUACCUGGGUAUGGCCUUGAGUCACAUGUGGAUGCCCAGCGCCGGAACCUAUUAUUUACGAAAAUGAUUAAUCAGUUUUUACCCACUAUUCCUGUUUGUCUGGACUGCCGGAAUUUUGUACAGAUUUUUAGAUGGGGGAAAACUCGGUGCCGGAUAAAUUUAUUGGUAUUAAUUAUUUUUACUGUGAUAAUUUCCCUAACGGAUGCUCAAAGUGCCCGGGAUUGUCAAAUUCAGUUCCGGAAGGCGGGCAGUUCAAAGUGCCUGGACGAAGUUAUCCAGUUAGCAAAAAGCGAGACAGCCUAUUGGUUUGGUCGAGAUCUGGAGAGCCGAUGCGAUAGUACAGCGCAGGCUGACAUUACUAAUGUCAACUGCUAUCUCGGAUACACCGGCCCGAGAAAGUACUCCAUCAUCCAGAAGAUCUUUUCAGUUGAUCCCCAAAUCGACCAUUUUGACAGCUAUUUGACUGUCACCUAUGCAUCCCCUGAAGGAAAUUAUACUGCCUGUGGUGGCGACUUCCGAAUGCCUCGAGCCGGCGUGGACGUUAAUCCGGAUAUGCCGGCCAUGUGGGCGUGGUAUUACCGCAACCCUCCCACUUUCAACUUCCCGGUGCAGGCCAGCACGUAUUACACCAUCGUAAUCAUGGAUGUGGCUUCCGGUGACGUAUUGGGAGCGGUCAUUAAUUAUCCCGUUCCAGAAGUGGCGGUGCCAUACACUCCUCCCAUUAAUCCUCGCAACGUAACAGCUCCCGGUGUUUUCGUGGUGUUUCGGCAAGCGGCCGGAAGUAUGCAGAUCAGCCAGAAAUGGCUGAGUAUUAUGACCGCCACUGAUUCGGGCAAGAAGUUCGACCUGUCCAAUUUUGCUUUGGAUCAACAACUACAAGGCCCGGUUAGCAUGAACAUUAUGAACGUGGACAGAGAUCCGUGGUCAGCCGAACAGUACGCACAGCGGGGUGGACCGAAUUUGUGCGCACAAUUUAUUGCGGAAGGUUUAAAAAAGUUUCCUUAUUUAUUUCUUCAAAGUAUGACCAAAUCGACCAUCGACAGUUUCCUUGCACUGCAGUUUACUUCGCCAGCGUCAACCUUUUCGGUCUGUUGCGAAGAUUUUGCCUUCACCGACACCACGGUGACCGUCAACCCAUUGAACGACGUCAACAUGCCACCUUUACUUAUCCGCGCUCAGCCGGCUGUCGGCUUAAAGGUCGUCUCCGACAACAGCUCUGCGGGGCGUUUAUAUUCUUUAAUUGCACUGGACCCCACAAUUUCUAACAACGGCCUAGCCACGCCCGAUAAACCAUUUGCCCAUUGGCUGGCGAUGAAUAUUCAGCUGGGCACUAAUGCCAAUCCAAUACCGGAAAAGAAUGUGGUGUUAUCAUAUUCACCACUUGUUCCACCACCACAGUCACCGCCUCAUACAGUAUUUUUUCUUUUGUUUGAACAACAAGCACCAAUUAGUACCGAAAACGUUGUGGAGAGGUAUUCCGAUCCGGUGUGUGCCGAUUAUCUAAAAGGACGGUGCCUGUUCCAGAUUAAAGACUUUAUUGCUGCCAACGGGCUGAUACUCCGUGCAGCCAGUUGGAUUAACGUCAUCAACGACGCCUACUCACGCUACUGGCUCAUAAAGAGUGGCCAAGUAGAAACUGAUAUUUGUUCGGGUCAGCCCGUUUAUCACGUGCCUUGUUUAGUACCGGGAUCCAGCCCGGGAAAGGUCAUUCUGCUCGGUUCCGGAUCGUCGGUGCUGAUGGCACCGACAACCCUGAAUGUUGUUAUUGCUUUUCUAUUGUUAGUUUUAUGGAAUUGUAGAAGCAUUUAAAAACAUUUAUCUGUCGGCGGGGUUGUACGUAACAGUGAUACUCGCUUCUGAGCUUAAUAAAGGUCAAGAGCAAUUACAA